AGAGAAAGAGGGAAACUAUGUUGGGUAGGGUAAAGGUAAAGUCGGUAGGGUAUCAGUCCAGUUCAGGCGCAGGAGUUCUCGGUUAAGGACGACAGUCCUGUCCAAUCGGGACAUUAUGCCAGGCGGCGAGGGGUCCCCGAUCAAUCUCCUCGACCACCACGGAACAUCGACUACCCCUAGCGGUAUAACGUCGGCUCAGUGUCCGAAGAGCGAUGACGAGGCUGGAAGCACGACCGAAAACGCAACUGCUACCGAAAAGGACGCGAGUGCAUCGACGAUGACGAGUGUCCCAGCCGGUGAGGGACUUAGACGGAGGAAGGUCAUACACGCGGCCAAAGAGACAUUAGACAAGGCAUCACGUUUAUUGAGACGUAAGAUACCAUGCGCUGGCCACUUGAUGACCCCCCGCCGCCUAUGGAUACAAAAAGUACCCACUCAGAAAUGCGACGUCGUGAUGAUGUUUCCGAACGGUGCAAGCGACGAAACUUUGAUGUGGCUUUUAGGCCGACUUCGGGCUGGGACCCCUGGCCUAGUGGUACACGUCAGACAUCAUGCCUCUUCAGAUAGUUACGGGUUUUACUUAACGGCACCUUUUAGCGUUUUGUUGAAAGCCGCGGAGGAAGUACACUUGCCAAAAGCUCUACGCCAAGAAUAUGGCGGAGGUUUGAAGGAAUUCGUAGGCUCCGAAGCGAGCUGCUUCAAAGGAAGCGACGACGAAGCUCAUUUUUUUACUACCCAAGAAAGACAGUCCCUGGUAUUACACCUACUUCAUACGUUAAGAGCAGGUCCGCAGGAUCUUCACAGUUUAUCAGGAUUAAAAUUGGUGGAAGGACAAGCCAUUAUUCCUAAGUGCAUCUCGGCAGGCAUUAUAUCACAGGUCUUCCCAUUACAUGAACUACCGGCAUUAGAACAAUUACGAAAGACAUGGGUUCGCGCAUUUUUUAGUCCCCAACCAUUGGACGAUAUCUGUAAAUAUUUUGGGGUAAAAAUCAGCAUGUACUUCGCAUGGCUCGGACAUUACACCACCGCUUUAAUCGUUCCCGCUGCUGUGGGUGUCAUAUACUGGGUCGGCAUCAUCGGUAGGAACCAAGCGGUGGAAGAUGUGGCGUACGUGCUUUUCUCAGUCUUCAAUGUAAUUUGGGCGACAGUUUAUCUAGAAACUUGGAAACGAAGAGGUGCCGAAUUGGCCUAUAGAUGGGGUACUUUAGAUCAAAGAGAUGAUUUGUUGGUCGAACCUAGACCUCUCUUCACGGGUACUCUAGAAAUAUCACCUGUCACGGGAAGACUAGAACCAACUUACCCCAGAUGGCGAAGAAAUGUUUUUCGAUAUUUUGUCAGCGUACCCAUCAUCGCCGCUUGUCUAUUUUUCGUUUUCGUCGUCAUGAUUCUGAGCUUCCAAAUACAGGAUUGGUGGGACGCACGUCUUGAAGCGGGAGGCUACGGAUUUUGGCUAAGUUACGUGCCAAAAGUAUUAUUGGCCGUUGUAAUCGCCUUAAUGGACGAGGCGUACUUCAAAGUCGCAGUCUGGUUGAAUGACUUGGAAAACUAUCGACUAGACACCGAGUACGAGAAUCAUCUGAUCUACAAGGUGGCACUGUUUCAGUUCGUAAACUCCUUCCUAUCGUUAUUUUACAUCGCCUUCUAUCUUCAAGACCAAGAAAGACUCAAGGAGCAACUGGCCGCGUUACUGAUAGCACGGCAAGUGAUUGGAAAUCUUAAAGAAUCCGCAAUACCAUAUUUGGUAGAGCAACUGCGUCUAGCGCAACUAAGUUUUGAGCUUUUUGGUGCUCUGAGUCCAAGCGAAGCGAGAUUACCACCUGGUAACGACGAGGACGACGAGAAAACGAAGAAUUCCGAUGAGAAGGAUGAACGAACAGAAACGGGAAAGACGAAGCAACCGAGGAACGUUAGCCAGGCUGAGUUGGAGAGUUCUCUCUACAGAGUAGGACACACCACUAAUUCUCUUCUUAGUGACGUUACUUUGAAGUACGAUCGAGCAUUCUCGGAACAUUUAGAAAUGCUCUCGCAAUUAGGAUAUGUAUGUCUCUUCUCGUCAGCGUUUCCUUUAGCUGCCGUUGCUGCGUUACUUGGUAAUCUGAUCGAAUUACGAGGAGAUGCAUUUAAGUUAUGUUAUGUUCUCCAACGACCCUUUGGACGUAGGGUAUCAAAUAUCGGCACUUGGCAGAACGCUAUGGAAGCUAUGGGAUUCGUCGCGAUUUUAGUUAAUUGCGCAUUAAUCAGUCGAAGCGGACAGGUACAACGAAUGUUUCCAGAGAUGUCUGCGACGCAAACAAUUUUACUAAUAGUCGCAUUGGAACACAUUAUGCUAGCAAUCAGAUUUAUUAUAACCUGUGCUAUACCGGAUAUACCACAUUGGGUUGCUACGGAAAUGGCCAAAGUUGAAUUUUUGAGAAGGGAGGCAGUGAGAAGAUUGUCCUCGACACCAUCACCGGAACAACAACCUUCUACAGUCAUAGGGAGAUUCGUGGUGAGUCCAGCAGACGGAGAGAGCGAAGAGCCACAUCUGUUGAGUGAACGUACCGGAGACGCCUCGAUGUCCAGCCAACCAGAUAGUCCUACUUUAGCAUCGACGACCCAAACACCGAGCAGACCAUCAACUCCAAGUGCCGCAUCGAUACCAAGAAUCGCGGAGACAUCGCUUACGGCUGAGUCACCCGGUAGUAUUGGAAGUAGCAGCGAGAUCAGCAAUUCCUUCCUUUCUGAAAAUAAUAUUGGCAGUAGUCGAGACAUUCACAAUACACCAAGAUGCUCUAUACCUGGAGGAGAAAGAGGCCGACGAUCGAGAGAAUGGUUAAGCAACGAACCAGAAUCAUCGAACACGGGAGAUCAUUAUGGUCAUCACUUGACAAUCGGUCCUCACGGAGGUGUCGAUUGGGUACGCAAAUUAGUCUUGGAACCAGGUGGACGAAAAUCGAGCGAUUCUGAGAUCAGUGCAGUUGGUUCCGUAACCGGAACUGCCGAAGAAUUAACUCUCCAUAGAUCCACCGAUUGCAUUGUUUCAAAAGAUUUAGCUUCGUCCUCGGAUAGUGAUCUGUUAAAGUCUGCUCCGCCAUGGGUGAUAACUCACAGAAAUCCAAAAUUCCGUUUUUCACCGGAAAAGGAAAGGGAACGAGAGAAGGCAGAGAAGCAGCAACAUUAUCAGCAUCAUCAACAGAGAGAAACAACGCACGAGCACCGUGAUCGACAAGCUUACGUACCCGAAAAGGAAAAGGAUUCCGGUGUUGGUGGUCUGUCAGAUUCGAGCAAGACGAUUUCUAGUCAAGAAGAAGAGAAACCAAGUAGGGAGGAUCGCGAAGCAAAAAAAACGAGAGUAAAACAGAGCCUCAUGAAGAGAGCACGCUCGGUCGCUAUAUUCUCGUUAAAAUUAAAAGAACGAAGAGCGAGAGAGGCCGAACUUAAAGCGAAGGAAGCAGAGAGGGAAGCUAGAUGGCAACAACCUCAGUCAUGCGUCGGCGGUGAACUAUCUUGCAUUCCCAUAGAAAAGCUUAUAUCUGUGGACGACAUUGCAGCCAUGGAGAUGCGCAGAAUGAAUCAUUAGAGAACACGCUUCGGAAACUUCGAAUUUUGUUUUUCCGCUAAGUAGAAUUAUUCGUGUACGCGAUCGCGAUACGUAAGAGAAAUGAUAGAAAAAGAAAGAGAGAGAAAAACAGAGAGAGAGAGAGAGAGAGAGAGAGAGAGAGAGAGAGAGAGGAAGAGAUAAAAAGAGAUAAGGCAUUUUUUUGUGUCAUUGUACAAAACGCAGACGGAUUCUCGAGAGAAUAUCGUUUUCACGGUUAUGAUGGUGAUUGGUAAUAAAUAUAACAAGAUGGAAAGAAAGAUGCAAAUAGAGAGAAAGAAAGAGAGAAUAAUGUAUACGAGUAUGGAACAAAGGAACGUCGCACAAAAUAAUGAGUCUGCACGAGAUUACGGAACAUCGUUCCGGUAGAAACGUCCAUAGAAAAUUUAACCCUACACCACAUACCAUUCCUAGAGGAAUCACGUUUUAACCAUAGAUCAUAGUCCCUUUGCAAAGUUAAUAGAGAGAAUUAUCUCGUUGAGCUGUAAACGUCCUGCUAGUGCCGUCAUUUUUGCCGUAAGUUCACCAGCGAUUAAUAAACUUUUUCGGCUUUUUUGUAACGUGAACACGUUAUCCCUUCUCUCCAGGAAAAAUACAAUGGCUCGUAUUUUAAUCAAUGAUUUUCCAUUUUUCUUUUCGUAUAAAUAAAUUUGAUUCCUACUUGAGAAAACAAAUAAAAAGAAGAGAGAAAAAAUAUAAACGCAUAAAAAAAAUCAAAAACGCGCCUAUCACGGAGCGACACGUUACGAAGAAGCCGUUUACGGCCACGAAAUUGUGGAAUACUUAUGAUAGACUUAAUACAUAUAUAUAUAUAUAUAUAUAUAUAUAUAUGUAUAACAUUUAGAUAUUUGUAAAGUACACGCAAGAUAGCUGACACGUUGGUAGCGAAAUUCCGAUUGGGAGAUCACCGAAGGUGAAAUUGUUAUUGUUGCUGAAAUAUAAGUUGUUACUUACUGUUAAAUAGACGUUGACGGGUCAACCGUACAACGAGCGUUCUCGCCAAGUAAGUUUCUAACAGAAAGCUAUAUAUGAUGCACACAGGUAUGAGAAGUUAAGAAAAUUAAAAGAAAAGAAAAAAAAAAAAAGAGAGAUGUAAACGUACUGCAUGUCGCACUGUACGUAGUACGUGAGCGUCUACUUUCGUUUCCCGCAAAUUUUUCGAAGGAAAAAAAAAGGAAAAAAAAAAGAAAAAAAAACCGCUGGCGCAUUCCCUCGCAACGCACUGUGGCGCGCGCAACUAAAUCGAAAUGCUUUUAUUUUCAUUUAUGUUGACAUUGACAAUUUCUUGCUUGAUUAAGAUUAUGAUAAUAAUUUUUCUUUUCCUUUUUUUUUCUUUCAAUGCAUCGAUUUUAUAAUGCGACGAAUUUCAGGGUCGAUUCUAUUUGUAUAUAAUUGAAUUGCUACGACGAUGAAGAAAGAAGAUAUCAUGAAUUUAUGAGAUUGAUUCUAUAUGGCCUAGCAACUUAUUCCAAUCUCGCCAUUCCUCACUGAUCCUCUACGUCCCUGAUUCCCUGACGCGUCCUUUGAUUAAAAAAAAAUCAUUUAAUUUUACGUAACGCAGGAACGUUCUUUUAUGAUUAUUAUUUAAGAUCGACGAUUAAGAUCGAAAAAGGAUCGAGUGCAUCAUUUAAAAACAUAUACAUACAAACACAUUCACACUCAUAUCCACGAACAUAUACAUACUAAUACAAUGGAAAACGGUCACAUGAACAUCACAUAUAUACAAAAAUACAUAUAUACACAUUACAUAUAUACACAUUACAUAUAUACACAAAUACAACCGACGAGCGCGUUAUCUUUUUAGCAUAUCCAACGAGAAAAGUGGCAAAAGAUUCGUUCGAUAGACGCAAAGUCGAUAGAUUAGUUGCUUCCGUAAAAGACAGACUUUAAAACUUUAAAAGCACUUCGGCGACAAGCAUCUGUGUUUGUUAGAUGUUUUGUAUAAAACAGGAACCGAGCAAAUAAAAAAUAUUCUAUAAAGAAUUAACUCGAAAUCUUAUUAACCAUAUCCUAUAUGUAACAUCCAUAUGUUAAUUGUUUAAUUAUAGUAUUUGUUGGAAUAAAAAAUUACAUUCAGAA